GCCGGCUACUAAAGGUCACGAUAACAUUUAUAAGUAAGUAUAGUUGAUGAUAAUUAUAUUGGAUACAUGUAUGUCCACUGAUAGUUACUCCUGCAGCAUUCUUCGUCAUGUUUAUGCACCAAUCAAUAUAUUCCCUUUUCUUCCUUCAAAGUUGUUUUUGUGUUCUCUCAUCAUCAGAAAAUCGAGGUUGGCUGCCAGCAGAAAUAGAUCCAUUUUCUCAGGAUACGUCUCAGAGUCCAUCUUCAAACAGUUAUGAUAACCAAAGAACAAAUUAUUUCUGGAAUCAGCUUCAAGGUGAUGGAAUUCAUAAAAUGAAGCGGUCACUAGACGAACCUUUGAAGAAAGAGCUAGCCGAGAUCAAAGAACAAUACAUGGCUGUCAAGGAAUUCUUGGAAAACUAUAAUUUCGAAUUAUUAUUCGAUAAAUAUUUGGAAGGCGCGCUCAAUAAUAAACCAAUGAGUUCCAGAAUCUCUGAGGCCGGUUAUCAUCAUUGUGGUGACCAAGAACGAGCAGUUUGUAGAACUUUAGUAGGGGUGGAUAAACUACCAAUCUGCAAGAUUCUAGAGAAGAAUGAAGCACAAGAAAACUUUUCGAGUACUCCUAGAAGCUGCAAAGAUAUUCAAAGAUCUGGUCAGACGGUUUCUGGCUUGUACGAAAUCCAACCAAAGAUGUCUCAGAAACCGUUCACUGUGCUCUGCGACAUGCAGACAAAAGGCGGUGGUUGGACCCAUAUUCAUAAGAGGGUGGACGGUUCCGAAGACUUCUAUAGGGGAUGGAGGGAGUACAAACAUGGAUUCGGCAAUUUGGAAGGGGAGUUUUGGAUCGGUCUACAGAAAAUGCACGAACUGACAUCAGGUUCUGAAGUUGCUGAACUGCUGGUCGAGAUCGUAGAUAGGGACAAUAAGACCGCCUAUGCUCGAUACAAUUCGUUCAAAGUAGGCCCUGAGACGGCGGGAUAUCCCAUAGAAAAGGUUAGUGGGUACUCUGGAGAUGCCGGGGAUGCCUUGACGUACCAUUUGGAGUCCAAAUUCACUACCAUGGAUUACGACCAAGAUGAAGACCCCAACAACUGUGCCAAAUAUUGGAGUGGUGCAUGGUGGCAUAAAAAAUGCUUUAAAAGCAGCCUGAACGGAAAAUUUGUGAAUGUUGAUCUAUCCAGUGCCAAUAAAUAUCAUGGAUUGCAUUGGGAAAGUUUCAAAGGACUAGAAUAUUGUCAUGCCAAAGCCAGGAUGAUGCUUCGACCAAUAAACUAGUGUAGUUUAGUGGUUUAAAAUGUUGGAUUUAUAGGCAUUCUAACUCAUUAUGACUUGAAUAAAGAUUUAUUUCUGAAGUGA